CAAAAUCGUCCAAACGAUGAAUUCUUCAAAACAAGAUAAAGUAAUGUGUAUGCAACAUUGCAGCCGGCAAGAAAAUAUAUUUUACAUUGACUUUCCUUUACAUUGUCCCAUAUGUGGUUUAAAAUUGCAAAAUUGCCAGCUGAUUGUUCCGCCAUUUUGCGUACCAAGUCCUCUGGUAUCCGCUAGUUUCAUGACUCUGAGCUGUUGCAUUUUAGUAAAACAAACUCAUGGGGAUUUUUUGAGGGAUUAUCGAAAUGGUGAAAACCUCCACAUUGGAAUUACAGAUUCAAAGGGAUUUGUUUAUAACUAUGACGAACAAGGUGUAUGUAUUGAAAAGGACAAUUGGAAUCAGUGUGCUGUCUUAGAAUUGGAGUCUGCUGACAGUCAAAUGUGGGAUUCAGUGCUUGAACGGAGUACAAAAUCAAAUACUUGGUCUUCAGAAAGAUACCAUGAAACAAGCCUUAAUUGCUAUGACUAUGUACUGAGCAUGCUCAAAGAAAUAAACAAGGGAGGAUUUUUUCAAGAUUCAAAACAAUUAUAUUCGAAAGAGGAGUUUAGUAAACAUCUUAUUGUACCAUUAACCAGAAAAGUCGCAAAGUAUAUUGAACUAUACAGAAAUAUCAAAUCAAAAGGAACAUGUGUUUUACCGUUCAGUAGUGGAGACAUUUAACCUUGGGAACCCUGUGUAUUUUAACAC